AUGAUGCAGGACCUGGAGCGCCAGCUGGCAAACCGGGAACAUCGCCAACAAACCCCCGAAUCAAGCUACUCCCGUUCCCCUCCGAGAAGCCACUCCCGGCGAACAGCUAGCCCACGAUCUGAGCCCGAGAGCGCCAGGGAGGAAGGACGCCCAAGAAGACACUGCGACCCCAUCAUUAACACCAGGCGCGAAAGGAGACGCACCACAGAUCGAGACCGGGAAGACCCCCCCCCCACCCCCCCGAGAAGCCGCUCCCGACGAACAGCUAGCCCACGAUCUGAGCCCGAGAGCGCCAGGGAGGAAGGACGCGCAAGAAGACGUCGCGACCCCAUCAUUUACACCAGGAACGAAAGGAGGCGCACCAUAGAUCGAAACCGUGAGGACGCUCGUUGGGAGGACGACGAGGGAAGAACAACGAGAACGCGAGGACCAGUGAUAAUGGGCGCAACUCCAUUUCAUCGUUCCAUCAUCGAGGUCCGGCUGCCAAAGCACUUUGAUAAGCCAACGGAUAUGAGGUACGACGGAACCCAAGACCCACAGGAGCACCUCACGGCUUUCGAAGCCAGAAUGAACCUGGAGAGAGUGGGAGACGAGGAGAUCCAAAGUGUAGCCAGGGAAUACAUUAAUGAUGAGGAAGUCAGUCAGGUCGUGGCCGCCAACAAGCGGAAGCCCGCCUACAACCAAACCCGGCAGCACGGCAUCAGGGAGAGACAGAAGGAACACGCCAGAGACGGCGGUCCGAGCAAGACGUCCCGAGCGUUUCCUCGUGUUGGAAAAUUCACCAAUUACACCCUCCUCACCGUCCCCAUUGUAGAAGUUUACCAGCAGAUAGCCGAGAAGGAAAUUCUGUCGAAACCCCGACCUCUGAAGGACCGGACCGGGGGAAACAAGAGCCACUAUUGUGACUAUCACAAAGGCUAUGGACACAAGACACAGAAUUGUUUCGACCUAAAGGACGCGUUGGAACAAGCAAUCCGGGACGGAAAACUGGCUAAGUUCUCCCAUCUCAUCAGGGAGUCGAGGAGGCGAGAUCGCGACCACAAAAGAGAGGACAAGACCCGUGCGGUGAAGCGACGCAAAGAGACGGAGGACGACGAGCGCGGUCUCACCAUUGUGAAUGUGGUAACAGCACGAGACGCACCUCCCAAGUCUAGAUCGGCACAUAGGAAAGAUGCCAAGAUCCUGGCGGUCUCAUUGUCCUCUCUGCGAAGCCCAAAGAGGCUCCCACCCAUCUCAUUCGGCCCUGAGGACCAAUGGUCAUCACGGCCAGGGUAG